GCUCCUAAUCAGAAACAAUCCUCUCACCUUUCCUCCCACGGCCUCGCCACUCUUCUCCGUUUGCCCGAGGCCACUUUGGUCCAUCAGAGGACGGAUGAACCGCUGCUACUUUAAAGGAUUAAGAGGUGCAGCGCACCGAGAGCUUUCCGAGGAGAGACAACAAUUCAGUGAAGAUGAGACCAUGGUCCCGGUACUAACCUCCAGAAAAGCCAGCGAACUCCCCGUCAACGAAGUAGUGUGUGUCCUGCAGGCGGACCUGCAGCUGGGUCUGACCCAGGGCGAGGUGAGCCGGAGGAGAGCCUACCACGGCUGGAACGAGUUCGACAUCAGUGAAGACGAGCCGCUAUGGAAGAAAUACAUCUCCCAGGUAACCCGUGCAUCACGCUAAACGGUGUCUCUGAAGCCCGGUUCAGACCAAAGUAGGGAUGCACCGAAUCCAGAUUUUU